GGUCACUUUGUCCUCCACGGAUUGUUAUAUUGUCCAUGAGAUCUACAAUGGAGAGAACGCUCAGGACCAGUUUGAGUAUGAGCUGGAGCAGGCCCUGGAAGCGCAGUACAAGUACAUAGUGAUAGAGCCCACUCGCAUCGGGGACGAGACUGCCCGCUGGAUCACCGUCGGGAACUGCCUGCACAAGACGGCCGUGUUAGCGGGCACCACUUGUCUCUUCACCCCUCUGGCACUUCCAGUAGAUUAUUCUCACUACAUCUCCCUGCCCGCUGGUGUGCUGAGCGUGGCUUGCUGUACCCUUUAUGGUAUCUCUUGGCAAUUUGAUCCUUGUUGCAAGUACCAAGUAGAGUAUGAUGCCUAUAAACUUUCCCGCCUGCCCCUGCAUACGCUCACCUCCUCCACUCCGGUGGUGCUGGUGAGGAAGGACGACCUGCACAGAAAGAGACUGCACAACACGAUAGCACUCGCUGCCCUGGUGUACUGUGUAAAGAAGAUCUAUGAACUCUAUGCUGUAUGACUUCAGCAGGGAAGAGAGAAACCCACCAAGUGUAUUAAGACUCCCACAGUAACAUUUUGUUUUUCCUCUUUUUGAGAAGCAGUGGAGACUGGGAAGGAUUUGGUUUAAUAGAGAUGUUAUUUUUUAAAAAAUAACACAUCACUGGUGCACCAAGGUUUUUUCAGUUCUUCGUUACACUUAAGAUGUGGAUGUGUGGUGACUUGAGAGUUGUAUGUUAGGCCAUGGGAGUCCAAUCCAGCAGCGGGAUGUCGAUGAAAGAAAGUUCUAGAAAGAGGGGGUGUGAGAGGUUUUUUUUUUUCCUCUUUUUUUUU